AUUGCUACUUCCACUACAUAUAUUUGUCUUAAUCCACACCAAACCCUCUAUCAAUCCAAUAGAUUAGCCCCUAAAUCCAAAGUGACCAACUUUUUAAAAGAGAAGAAAAAUCUCACAUUUUAGAUACAUAAUCUUUGACAUUUCUUCCUUGGAAGUUGUUAAUGCAACAAAAUCUACCCAUUCCCUCCUCCACUCCCCUCUGUUGGCUCCAAAAGAUUCAAUCUUUGGAUGAAAAAAACAGUUUCCAUGGUAGACAUCCAAAUUCCAAAGCACUUAAAAGCAGGAAGACAAGAAAUGGUAAAUAUGAGCCAUUUCUGGAGAAAGAGAAACGUUAUGGAUGAGUAAAGAGAAAAGAUCACUAUUACUGAGGGAUGGUACCUUUGAUUUAAUGGGGAACACUAUUGAUUGAUAGACCAAAGAUUUUGCUUUCCCAUUUUGCAAGAACAUACACGGAAAGCAGGAAAGAAGAAAACUCCACAAAAUAAUAUCAUUUGCCAUCACUAAUUGCUAAAUUGAAGAAGAAUCAUUGAAUACCCACCAACAAAACAAUCACCCUAUGCAAACACAUUCAACAACCUCUCAUCAAUGGGUUCCUUUCUCCCUCAUUUAUGAAAAAAAGCUUCCCCCCAACUUCUGUCCACUUCUUGCUUCCUCUUUCCCCCUUUUAGGCAAUCUCCAUCUCUCCCUUUCCUCUCACAGUUCCUUAAAAAGCUCCAUUGCUAGUGAGAGAAGCUUCAAUUUGAAGUUUGAACCAUUGCUCUUUGUGUAUUUCAUUUGUUUCUUCUGUUGGAUUCUACUGAAACCUCUUCUACAAGCCCAGACAAAGUGAUGCUCACGUUCUUCUUCUUCAUUGAGUCUUCCCCAAAAGUAAAAGCUGCCCUUUUGUUAUCUCGAAAUUCUCUCUCAGACCCACCUUUGGCUCUUCUGGGCUGCAGUUCUGGUCCCUUUUGAGCAAUGAAAAUGGCACCCUACCACCAUAUCACCAUCCUUUAGCUCCUUGUAGUUUUCCUCCUGGAAAAGAGCUUGCUCUUUUUAUCUGAAUUGCUAAAAAAACUUCAGUCUUUAAUCUCACUGUGGGUUGAGUGCUUGUUGAAAUGGAGUUCCAAAGCCCAAAAGUCUGAGGCAGCAGCACCAGCAGCAGCACUUGUAAAAAAGACUGCUUUCUUUUGUUUUCUGGACAAAAGGUGCUUUCAGGGGGUUCCUUUCUGGUGUGUUUCCUUUGCAUGUGAAGUAAAAAGGCAGCAGCUUUUUGGUUUGAGGCAGUUGAUUCCAGAUGGGUUUUGGAUUCUUCGCCUCCAUUUUGGUUCUUACACUGUUCUUCAAGCUUUCAGCUUCUCAACAGCCCAAUACGGAUGGGUAUUUCGUGACUGAGUUCUUCAAGAACAUGGGUAAAGCUUCCUCUCCACUUUACAACUCCUCAUCUCCCGUUUGUUCAUGGCCAGGUGUGUUCUGUGAUUCCCAGAAAGAGCCCGUUGUGGGUUUAAUGGUCUCUGGUCUGGAACUCGCUGGUCCAAUCCCUGACAUCACAAUUGGGAAGCUGAGCAACCUCCGGACUCUAGAUCUCAGCAGCAACAGAAUCACUGCUUUGCCUUCAGACAUGUGGAGCUUAAGCUCUCUCAAAACCCUCAAUCUGUCUUCUAAUCAGAUUUCUGGCCUUCUCCCUAACGACAUUGGCAAUUUUGGUGGUUUGGAAACGCUUGAUCUAUCUGGAAACAGCUUCACUGGAGAAAUCCCUUCAGCUGUGAGGUCUUUGCUCAGCUUGAAAGUUCUUAAGAUUGGUGGAAAUGGUUUUGAAGGUAGGAUUCCAGUUGAGAUUCUGAGUUGCAUGUCGUUGGUCGUUUUGGAUCUCUCGUUGAAUAAGCUAAACGGGUCAUUACCGGAAGGCUUUGGAGCUUCAUUUCCAAAUCUCCAAAGGCUCAAUCUUGCUGGAAAUGGGAUUGAAGGAAGAGACUCGGACUUCACGGGCAAGAAGUCCUUGAAUUUCCUCAACAUUUCUGGGAAUCUUUUCGAAGGACCUGCUAUGGGUUUGUUUCAGGAAGGGUUGGAGGUGAUGGAUUUAAGCAGGAACAAGUUUGAAGGUCAUAUCUCUCAGGUACAAUUCAGUUCCAACUUGGUUUAUCUAGACUUGUCAGAGAAUGAGUUGAGUGGAGAAAUGUUUGGGGAUUUCAGUCAAGCUAAGAAUCUCAAGCAUCUCAAUCUUGCAUUCAAUAGAUUCUCCAGGAAGGAAUUCCCAGAAAUCAAUGAGGUUUCUAGUUUAGAGUAUCUCAACUUGUCGAAAACUGGCGUCAUUGGUUCAAUUCCUGGUGAAAUUUCCAAGCUUGGGAACCUCAAUACACUUGAUCUCUCUGAUAAUCAUCUAACUGGGGAUAUACCUUCUUCAUUGACCAUGAAAAGCCUCCAAGUUCUGGACAUCUCAAGCAACAACAUGACUGGCGAAAUCCCCUCGCAAGUGCUUCAAAAGCUUCCAUGGAUGUCGAGCUUCAACUUCUCUUCCAACAACUUCACCUUCUGUGGUGGUCCCGAAAUCUCUUCCGAGAUGAUUCAGACUCGGUUGCAUGGCUCAUCAAACAGCUGCCCCAUUGCUGCAAACCCAGAUCUCUUCAAAGAAAAAACCCGCCGCCAUAAGGGACAGAAGCUUGCCAUAGCAUUAACCAUCUCGAUGGUCACCUUGCUCGUGGCAUUACUGCUAUUCCUAGCCUUUGGUUGCAGGAGGAAGUCCAGAAUGUGGCCAGUGAAGCAAAUGUCUUACAAGGAAGAACAGAACAUUUCGGGUCCCUUCUCGUUCCAGACUGAUUCAACCACAUGGGUUGCUGAUGUGAAGCAGGCGAAUUCAGUUGGAGUAGUGAUAUUCGAGAAGCCAUUGUUGAACAUCACAUUUGCUGAUCUCUUGGCAGCAACUUCAAACUUCGAUCGUGGCACUCUUCUAGCCGAGGGCAAGUUUGGUCCUGUCUAUAGUGGAUUCCUACCCGGUGGAAUCCAUGUAGCUGUUAAAGUACUUGUCCAUGGCUCUACAUUGACAGAACAAGAAGCUGCUCGAGAGCUUGAGUAUCUCGGUCGAAUCAAGCACCCAAAUCUCGUCCCAUUGACUGGUUAUUGCCUAGCUGGCGACCAGAGGAUUGCCAUCUAUGACUACAUGGAGAAUGGCAACUUGCAGAAUCUCUUGCACGAUCUCCCACUCGGUGUUCAAGCAACUACAGACGAUUGGACUACCGAGACAUGGGAGAAAGAUGACAACAAUGGGAUUCAAAAUGUGGGCUCUGAAGGUUUACUAACUACAUGGGCAUUUAGGCACAAGAUUGCUCUCGGGACAGCUCGUGCGUUGGCAUUCCUGCACCAUGGAUGCUCUCCGCCAAUCAUUCACAGAGAUGUCAAGGCCAGCAGUGUUUACUUGGACUACAACUUGGAGCCAAGGUUGUCUGACUUCGGGUUAGCUAAGGUCUUUGGAAAUGGGUUGGAUGAGGAGAUUGCUCGUGGCUCGCCGGGUUACUCCCCACCAGAGUUCUCUGACCCGGGUUAUGAUAUUCCAACACCCAAGUCUGAUGUCUAUUGCUAUGGGGUGAUUCUGUUUGAGCUCAUCUCAGGGAAGAAGCCGGUUGAAGAUGACUACCAUGAAGAGAGAGAUGGCAGUUUAGUCAGUUGGGUUAGAGGGUUGGUGAGAAAGAACCAAAGCCUGAGAGCUAUUGAUCCGAAGAUUCGAGGUACAGGAUUGGAGCGAGACAUGGCGGAAGCUCUGAAGAUCGGUUACCUAUGCACGGCCGAUCUUCCAUCGAAGCGGCCGAGCAUGCAGCAGGUAGUUGGACUUCUUAAAGAUAUUGAACCAAGAAGUUAGGGAAGAAAGCUUGUUCUUUAUUUAUCACCCUUGUUUGUUUUCUAAGUGAACUCCUUUUGGCUUCAACAUUUUGCUGUGUGCUACGGGGGGUGUUAUGUACAGUAGUGGUAGAAGUCCUUGAAACAGAUGUUUUAGGGCAGAUUUUUCAUCCUCUUCUUUUGGUUCCUAUGAUCAUCAUCCCUUCCCCCAUUGUCAUUUGUUGGUAUCACAGAAUUUUAAUCGAUACAUGCAGAAAGUUUCAAUCUUUGGAACCAACAUUGUGUUUCCAAUGCAUUUAUUCAAAGCAUUCAUGAAGCUGCUGCUGCUGUUGAACUGUUUAGGCAAGCAUCCACAUUUAAGCAGGUUGCUAGGAUGAUUGGUUGCUGUGAAGAACCGAUUCGAAUCUGAUCCAGAACCAUAUGGUUCUAUACUUUAUAUUCGAAAACACAGUGAAGAACCAGUUCGAAAAUGAAGGAACGAAUCAGACCAACGAAACAUUUGGUUCUAUUUGGUAUGAUCUAGCUCAAUCCAAACCCAAUAAGUUAACUAAACUUUAACUAUCAAAAUCGAAUCAAACUAUACUCCGAUCUAAUCGCGAUCUAGAUAUCAGGUCGUUUGCACUCAGUCCCGGUUUAUGAACCGAAUUGUUACCCUCUCACAUGGACCACCCACUGGCUGGCUGAGCUGAGAGCCAUGAAGUUGGUCAUAGGAUCUCUGUUGGCUCAUCUUCACAAGAGGGGCAUAAAACUAUAUAGAAUAAAAUUUGGGGCAUGUGAUGUGCAUUAUGAGCCCUGGUGUUGCUUCAAGGUCUUUCAUGUGGGAACCUGCUGGUGAUGUUCUGUACUUUGCAUGAUUAGAGGGGAAAGACUUAAAAGAAUGAAAGGUGGCAGAGCAUACAAGAAAGAAUAGAGGUUUCUUAAUAAUCCAAUUCUCUGGCACUCAAAUGAUGGUGGUAAGCAUGAUCUCUUUGUAAGAAUAAUAAGGGGAAAGAGGGUUAAGUUCUCCAUGUUGAUUGGUUGGUUGGCUUGUCAUGCAUGUGCUAAUUACUUUGACUAAUUGCACAGAAAUCAACUCUUCCCUCUCCUUUAUUCUUUCUAGUACUUAUCAGUUAUCACUAACUAGGUUUAAUUCAUUUAGUAUAUUAGUAAAAAAAUAUUUUAUCUAAAGACGAUUCAGAUAUGAGAAUCAUAUGAAGCAAGCACGUCUCAAAUGACUCACAUGCCACAUGUGUUAAAAGUUCAAGUUAUACUUCUUAUUUCCACUCUUAAGUUUUACAAAUCUUCUCGAUUAUUUAUGAUAGAUCCUUAUUUAUGAUAGAUCCAUAACAGAGCUGGAUCAAGGGGUUGAAAGAUGAAUAAUAGAAACUAGCCUCAUAACCUCCUCCCCCCCCCCCCCCCCCCCCCCCUUGUUAAGAGAUUUUACAAUACCUAAUUGUAAGCCAUCAUAUGGAUUUGGACCUGAAACCUCUAAUUCAAAAUCACCUAUUUAAGUGAUUCGUUGCAACACAAUCAAACAUAUAACACCUAACCAAGAGAGCACAUAAUCAAGUUUUUAGGUAUCUAAUUUUUCUGGUAUCCAAUUUUUAGGGGUAUACAUGAAACCCUUAUCGAGUUAUAUAGUUUAUGUUUGGUGGGAACAAUUAUUGUAUAGUGUGUGUCUUUGUGUCAUUCAUAAGUCACACAACCUCGCCAACAUCGAUUCAUGGGCAGGACUCAAAAGCAGAGAAUCUUUGUGUUUAUGUUCCUUUUCCUCUCUUCAUUCUAAAGGUUAGAGUGCCCAUUCCUCACACGUUGUAACUUCACAACUCACAAGUGCCAUGGAGAAAAAGCAAUCAACCGUUCGACCUUAAUAAGUGAACCUGCACUAGUUCGACCUGUUCGUAUCGAUUGAAUCGCAUGUGUUGAAUAUAAAAUUGGUAUCAUC